GCUCUUACAUCAGGCACUAACAUGCUCCUGGUCCGUGGACUGACAUAUGUGAUUACCAUAAGGUAACAUYUAUGGGUCCAGUUGGUUCCAUCGCUGUUAAACUGGUCGGUUUCAGAAGAGGUCACAGUUCGGCGGCGGUUCGUCGACUUGAAGCUAAAAUGUGUAAAGAGCUGAAGACCAAAUUGCUUCGUUUGUUGCCGCCGACUUCAAAUGGGCCGACAAUUCAUCAGGAUAUCCAAACAGAUGGCGCUGAGAUCCUGAGUUGUGCUGUGAAGGCUCUGAAGGACAGUCAUGUUGUAGCUGUUCCCACAGACACCAUCUACGGCCUGGCAUGUCUGGCCCAAAACUCUGAGGCUGUCAGAAAAAUCUACGACGUGAAAGGACGUAACGAACACAAGCCGCUGGCCAUUUGCGUUGGGGAAAUUCAAGAAAUUUACAAAUACUGUAAGGUGAAGGUGAAGGAGGGGCUGUUGGGUGAUCUGCUGCCUGGUCCCGUCACUCUGGUGUUUGAAAGGUCUGAAGCUUUAAACGCAGAUCUCAACCCCUUUACUUCACUUGUAGGUGUACGGAUCCCAGAUCACAACUUCAUGAGGCGUCUCUGUCAGAUGUGUGGAGAACCGUUAGCGCUCACCAGCGCCAACAUCAGCUCACAAACCAGCACAGUAGACGUACACGAGUUUCAGGAGCUUUGGCCCAAACUGGCUGUGGUGGUAGAUGGUGGUCCAAUAGGAGACCAGAAUCGCCUCGGAUCAACAGUGAUUGACUUGUCAGUACUGGGCAAAUACAGAGUCAUCAGACCCGGCUGUGCCCUUUCUUCUACGCUUGAUGUGUUGGAAAGCAAAUAUGGACUGUCAGAGGACUAGGGGGAAGAAUGACCUUUAAACUCUCCGCACUCCAAAAACACACGCCAAGACGCACAACCAGCUCUGACCCAGGGGAAAGGCUGGAAAAGAAGCAGCAGUGAAUCUGACUUUUCUGGGAAAAGCUGAAAACUCAGGAAGGAAUCGGGUCUUACCACACUGUCGGCAGCUGUCUUCAGGUCAGGAGGGACGUCAUCCGCUGGGGGAUCUUUGUUUAUUACAAUUAAUUUAUUUAUCGUCACUUCAGAUGAAGUGAAGAUGUCUCAGCUUCCUGUUUACUCAAAUGAAAAAAAUGUCAGUUGCAUCUUUAAAACAAAGACUGUUUAAGGAAAAAUACUAUAUUUUCACUUUAAAUGGUGAGCGUAUCAUUAGAGACGACACUUUAUGACAAAAAGUUAGUUUUUUUAUAACAAUGGUUGAUUUUUCUUUUGUUUUAUCAUAAAGAUCUAAUUGAAUCUUUUUAUUAUUGGAAAUAUCCUUUUUUUUCACCCAGACAUUGUAAGACUGAAACCACAAUCUGUAAGCAUUUACUAUAGCAAAUAAGCUACAUGAGGUAAUUAUUAUAAUAUUAAGAAAUAUAAGUAAAUGGGUAUUUCCUGUCGUUUUGCAUCUCUCCUCCUCUCUGAAGUGCCUGACGCAGGCUAAAGGAUUGUAAAUUGUCUGUGUAUUUAAAAUAAAAGUUUUCGAUAUUGUCUUCAUUAUUCAUAAAA